AUGUUUAGUGACAAUGGCGUCGGGACAAAGAACAAACUGAAGGAUUUAUUGAAUCUAAUCAACGAUACCCAACACCAAGCUGCAGUGGCUAACUAUUGCACGAAUGAAGGCAUCCGAUGGCAUUUUAGUCCGCCAAGGGCUCCCCAUUUUGGCGGACUAUGGGAAGCAGCUGUUAAGUCUGCAAAAUAUCACCUUUUGAGAGUCGUCGGAGAAGAUGCAAUGUCCCCGGAAGAUUUCCAAACUUUGUUGGCUCAAGUUGAGGCAUGCCUUAAUUCUCGGCCGAUUACACCUCUAUCCGAUGACCCCAACGACCUGGAACCUUUAACACUUGGUCAUUUCUUGAUAGGGUCGUCACUGCAAGAUCUGCCCGAGCCUGACUGGAAGGCUAUACCAACAAACAGACUGGAUAUUUUCCAAAUGUUACAAAGGAAGCUUCACCAGUUUUGGGAACGAUGGCGUACAGAAUACCUGUGCCAGCUGCAAGGACGAACGAAAAGGUUAGGCCCGGUAGCAGCAGUCAAGAUUGGUAAGCUAGUGGUAAUAUGCGAUAAGAACUUGCCGCCAAUGAGAUGGAAGAUGAGGCGAUUCGUGGAAAUUCACCCAGGUCUCGAUGAGAUCGUACGUGUUGUAACUUUGAGGACGAAGGAUGGAUUACUUAAACGGCCAGUGGAAGGAGUUUGCCUUCUUCCAAAUCUGCAGAACACGGAUGUCACGAAUCAAGUUGAAGAACAACCUGCAGCAGCUAACACACUUUGA